GGUCUUGCUUCCCAGCCUCCACACAGCCUCUGGCUUCAGGGAGAGAAAGUGGAAAGAGGGGCUUGGGCAGGGGCCCCUGGAACAGGCCCCACCCAGGCCCAGCUCCUUGCCCGCUGCUUAGGGUCUCUCAGCAGCUGCUACUGCCCUCUGCUUGGCCCCAGACAUGAAACUACCCAAGGGGGUCAGGAACCCUGUGUUCUAUGGGCAGCAGCCAGAGAAGAAGGUGCAGGUGCCCUCAGGGCAGGAGAUAAAGCAGACCCCUGUUGUCCUGGCAACACUUAAAGGUCCAGGGCCUGCUAAAUACCUCCGGCCAUCCUGCACGGGCUACGUAGACCAUGACGUCUCCAUGUUCCAGGAGCCAGCCUACACCCUGCACACCCUGCAUUCGGAGAAGCGGAUCAUGGACAUAUGCAACCCUGGGCCUUGCUAUUUCUUGGAUCCUAAAAUAACUCGGUUUGGAAUGUCCAGCUGCCCUCAGGUUCCCAUGGCGGAGCGCAUCUCUAACCUGCGCCUGAGCCCCACCCUGGCCUCCUGCCAUUACCACCUGGAGAAGACCCACCCGCCUGGGGAGCGCAGGGCUCCCAAGUACACCUUUGGCUACCGGUGCCCAUACAGAGUGAUGGACCCCAACCCGGGCCCCAACCACUACCAGAUGCCACUCCUGCUGGGGCCCAACCUGCCCGCCAACAGAGCUGCUCCUUGCUACAGCCUGAGCCCCUUGCACAAGAACUGGUUCUACAAGGAGGAUGUGGCAGGAGGCCCUGGACCUGCCAUGCACGCCCGGCCUGAGCCAUCUGUCUACCAGAACCGCAGCCCCAUGUACAGCAUGGCCAGGCGCUUUGCCUACCCGCUGGACCACACACCUCGGCCCGGCCCCGGCUCCCAUGACGUCCAGCAGGUCACGGUGCACAAGUCCCGCACGCCUGCUUUCACCAUGGGCAUCAAGCACUCGCCCCACCUGUGCCCACUGGUUGUUGACAUUCAUGACUGAGGCCCCUCCUGGUGCACUCACCCCACCCCCCGUCCCCAGAAGUUAUGUUUCUAUACCAAAUCGAGCAACUUAGCAAGGUUUUAUGUAGCAGAGAUGAUGUCUGCUGUGUCCAGCACAUAGAAGGCAUUAGAUAAAUAUUUUCAU